UAGUGGUUCAGCGACGACCGAUGGUGGGUAUAAAAAGUAUUUUCACUGGCCAUAGCCAGUCAUUGCUCACUCAGCGUUCAAGCCCCCAAAUCAGCCGCAUUGAUGAUGCUCAAAGUCGUAAAGAUCCUCUUGCUCUUCGCCCUUCUGGGCGUGGCCUGUAUCCAGGCCGUCGUGGUCGGACCCCAGCCGCUACACAAUAACAACCGGAACGGCUACCGCUACAAUGGCCCCGCCCACAAGUAUCUGCCAUCGGAGGAGUCGCACUCGCACGGCAGCCACUUGGAUUCCAGUCACAAGCAUGGUCCGCAGGGCACCAGUGAUCCCUACAACUCACAUCAUUACCCAGCACAACAGCACCAUGAGCAGGGAACGCAGGAGCACGACCAUCAGCAGAAGGAGCUUGACUCCUGGCAAUCGCCUCUUGCCCAGCAGCAACACCAGAGCUUUGGUAACCAGCCAAAUCAUCAGAACGCCUACAAUGAAGGACAUGAACACCAGCAGCAUCAUGGAUUAAACCUACAGCAACAUCAUGAAUUAAACCAGCAGCAACAUUAUGGAUCAAACCAACAGUAUCAAAGUUACGGGCAGCAACACUAUCAACAAAGCUCCAACCAGCUGCAACAUCAUCAGUCGCAACACUUAGCCGAACCAGCCCAUUUCCAGCAGCAGCAGCCCCACGAAAUUCAGGGACACAAGCAGCAUCAGCAGAGGAAGGAGCUAUGGGACUCGGUUCCAGAGCAGCAGCCCCAAGAACACGAGCCUUGGCAUUCCUCGCAAUCUUCGCAUGGUUUCCAACAACAACAGCAGCAACAUGAGCAGUUCCGGCCACAGCAGCAUCACAAUCGCUUUGAGCAACAGCUUCCGCUGCGGGAAGACCUGUGGCAACCUAUUCGUGAACUGGACCUGGAGAAGCUGCCAUCGGCAGGGGCGCACGCCACUAGCCACAAGACGGUUGCUGCUCCUGGACGAGAUGUCAAGCUUGUGCCAAGCUACACGCUCUCCAGCGACUUUGAGCACGACCGCUUCAUUGGACUGGAUGGUGUGGACACUCGUCUGCUGACCCAAUCUCUGCCAGAUGCCUACCGCAAGCAGCUGUUCUCCUCGCCCCCCGAACCAUCGUCCUUAAGCCAGCGGCCGCACCAGCAACUCAAGCCUGAAGCCUCCGAUUUCCUGCAAAUGCAGUCCCACUCGUAUCAGUUGCCCUCAACGUUCAGCACUCACGCGGAGUGGCCCCAGGACAAGGAGCAGCAACAGGCCACCGGCAAUCGCCAGUACUCGACUGGUGCCUACGCAGUUGCCCCUUCGUAUCUGCACACCUCCGAGCCACACACCUCGCAACCGCCCAAAAAUAGCUUGCCCCAUCCUAGCCGUGACUUCCAGCCACCUUACUACUGAAGCCGCCCUUGAACGGACCUAAUAACUGAAUAAACUGGUACACGGAUCGUCCGCCAGAUGAUCGUACCAUCUUCAACAUUCGCUUUUCUUCGGAAAAGCAUUUGGUCUGAAAAGCAAAACUUUUAUAGUAACAAUUGUACAGAUAAAUACUAUUUCCCUUUUUUUUUAUAUUUAAUAAAGAGUGCAUUGGUGAACAUA